GCGAAAGGAAAAGACAAGGGGGUGCGUUUGUAUGAGAUGGUUUGUUGAACAGCAGGGAGACGCUGCAUGUGUGUUUACCGGUCAGCCGAUGAGGAUCGCUCACGCCGGCUCUCGAAUAUGGAAGCGUUCUGGGACUGAUCUACGGCACAUUUAUGUUCAAAAUGACUGAAGUGACAUUCUUGAAUUUACAUUCUUCUCAAGCCUUUUAGAGAAGAUCCUUUGCGCUUCUGUAGCCAGUCUUGUUUCCUCUUGAGGGAUGUAACAUUAAACGGACCGUAAGCAAAGGCAUAAAGGGGCUGAGUGACCCAAGCGUAGCUCUCACCUGGGGGAGGACCAGCACUCCCUCAUUCCCAUCAUCCCUUGAGCCCCCACUCUGAAGCAGCCAUGGCGCCACGGAAACGCGGGGGCGGAGGGCACGGUGUGUCCUUCUUCUUCUGCUGCUUCCAGAGCAGUGACCACCCAGAGAUCACCUACCGUCUGCGGGAGGACUUUGCCCUGCAGGCCAUGGAGCCGGCGCUGCCCAUCCCCAGCUAUGAUGAGCUGGACUCCAUGUUCUCAGAGCUGGUGGAUGAGCUGGACCUCACAGAGAAGCACAGAGAGGCCAUGUUUGCCUUACCAGCAGAAAAGAAAUGGCAGAUAUACUGCAGCAAGAAGAAGGAACAAGAGGAGAAUAAAGGUGCUACUAGCUGGCCAGAGUACUACAUUGACCAGCUCAAUUCAAUGGCAGCUAGGAAAACUCUGUUGGCCUUGGAGAAGGAAGAAGAGGAGGAACGCAACAAGACUAUUGAAAGCCUGAAAACGGCACUGCGGACACAACCUAUGAGGUUUGUAACACGGUUCAUCGAUAUGGACGGCCUGACAUGCAUCCUGAACUUCCUGAAGAGCAUGGAUUACGAGACCACCGAGUCUCAGAUCCACACUUCCCUCAUCGGCUGCAUCAAAGCCCUGAUGAACAACUCCCAGGGUCGCGCUCACGUGCUCUCUCACUCCGAGAGCAUCAAUAUCAUCGCUCAGAGUCUGGCCACCGAGAACAUCAAGACCAAAGUGGCGGUGCUGGAGAUCAUGGGUGCCGUGUGUUUAGUGCCGGGAGGCCACAAGAAGAUUUUGGAGGCCAUGUUGCACUAUCAAAAGUUCUCUUGUGAGCGCACACGAUUUCAGACAUUGCUGAAUGAUCUGGACAAAAGCACAGGACGGUACAGGGACGAGGUCAGCCUGAAAACGGCCAUUAUGUCCUUCAUUAAUGCUGUUUUAAGCCAAGGAGCUGGCGAAGCCAGCCUUGAGUUCCGGGUUCAUUUGCGAUACGAGUUCCUCAUGUUGGGGAUUCAGCCCAUCAUCGACAAACUCAGGUCACAUGAAAACUCUACUUUAGACAGGCAUUUGGAUUACUUUGAGAUGCUGAGAAAUGAUGAUGAGCUUACAUUAUCCAGGCGCUUUGAGACUAUCCAUAUUGACACGAAGAGUGCGACACAAGUUUUUGAGCUUGUACGGAAGAAGCUGGCCCACACAGAUGCAUAUCCGCACUUUAUGUCUAUUCUUCACCAUUGCCUGCUCAUGCCUCAUAAGAGAAGUGGCAACACAGUGCAGUACUGGCUGCUCCUGGACCGCAUUGUCCAACAGAUGGUCCUGCAGAAUGACAAAGGUCAUGACCCUGAUGUCACGCCAUUAGAAAACUUCAACGUAAAGAAUGUGGUUCGAAUGCUUGUCAAUGAAAAUGAGGUGAAACAGUGGAAGGAACAGGCGGAAAAAAUGCGUAAAGACCACCAUGAGCUUCAACAGAAGCUGGAAAAGAAGGAACGAGAGUGUGACGCAAAAACUCAGGAGAAGGAGGAGAUGAUGCAAACGCUCAACAAGAUGAAAGAGAAGUUAGAAAGAGAAAUGGGGGAACAUAAACUAGUCAAGCAGCAGGUGACGGAAAUGACUUCCAGACUACAUGACCUCAGCACGAGACAAGUAGCCAGUGUUCCCGGAGGUCCUCCCAUCUCUGGUCCUCCAGGUCCUCUCUUGCCCCCUCCGCCUCCUCCACCUCCACCGGGUGGCAUGAUGCCUCCUCCACCACCUCCUCCACCAGGCAGUGCUCUGAUGCCACCGCCUCCACCACCGCCCCCUGGCGGCCCCCCACCACCCCCUGGACGCCCUCCUUUUGGUGCAGCUCCGCCUCCGCCAGGAGCUCCCAUGGGACCGUCCCUGAAGAAGAAAAACAUUCCUCAGCCAUCCAAUCCACUCAAGUCCUUCAACUGGGCCAAGCUGUCUGAGAACAAGCUUGAGGGAACAGUCUGGACAGACAUUGAUGACAGCAAAGUUUUCAAAAUCCUAGACUUGGUGGACAUUGAGAAGACUUUCUCUGCCUAUCAGAGGCAACAGGACUUCUUUAUGGUCAAUAACUGCAAGCAGAAAGAGACUGAAGACGAUGUGCUGAGCUCCAAGAAAGUCAAAGAGCUCUCUGUCAUCGAUGGCCGCCGGGCUCAGAACUGCAACAUCCUUCUCUCACGAUUGAAACUUUCCAAUGAGGAAAUAAAGAGAGCUAUUCUGACUAUGGACGAACAGGAAGAUCUGCCCAAGGACAUGCUGGAGCAGAUGCUGAAGUUUAUCCCAGAGAAGUGUGAUGUAGACCUACUAGAGGAGCACAAACAUGAGUUGGACCGCAUGGCAAAGGCAGACCGUUUCCUCUAUGAAAUGAGCAGAAUAAACCAUUACCAGCAGAGGUUACAGUCUUUGUACUUCAAAAAGAAGUUUGCAGAGAGGAUUGCAGAAAUUAAACCUAAAGUUGAAGCACUGUCCAAGGCCUCUAAAGAGGUGCUGCACAGUAGAAAUCUCAAGCAGUUGCUGGAGGUGGUGCUGGCCUUCGGCAACUACAUGAACAAAGGACAGAGAGGCAAUGCUUACGGCUUCAAAGUCUCCUCACUCAACAAGAUUGCAGACACCAAGUCCAGCAUCGACAAGAAUAUCACUCUCCUACACUACCUGAUCACCAUUCUGGAGAAGAAGUACUCCAAAGUCAUGAUCUUCUCAGAGGAGCUGCAGAAUGUGCCGGAAGCUGCAAAAGUAAACAUGACUGAACUGGAGAAGGAGAUCAAUAAUCUUCGCAGUGGCUUGAAGAGCGUAGAGAGCGAGCUAGAAUUCCAGAAGAAGCGUCCUCAGGAGUAUGGGGAUAAGUUUGUGUCAGUAGUCAGCCAAUUCAUCACAGUGGCCAGUUUCAGCUUCUCUGAUGUCGAGGACUCCCUCGGCGAGGCCAAAGAACUGUUCUUUAAGGCGGUCAAGCACUUUGGUGAAGAUGCUGAUAAGAUGCAGCCCGAUGAGUUCUUUGGGAUAUUCGACCAGUUCUUGCAGUCCUUUGCAGAGGCCCGUCAAGAGAACGAGAACAUGCGCCGACGCAAAGAAGAGGAGGAGCGCAGGGCACGAAUGGAGGCUCAGCUGAAGGAGCAGAGGGAGAAAGAGAAGAAGGCUCGAAAAGCCAAAGAGAACGGAGAGGACGACGGGGGCGAGUUUGAUGACCUGGUGUCGGCUUUGCGUUCUGGAGAGGUUUUCGAUAAAGAUCUGUCGAAGAUGAAGCGCAAUCGCAAACGCAUCAACAGCCAGACGUCAGACACCGGCAGGGAGCGUCCAAUUACCAAGCUUAACUUCUGAACGGCGGUCAAGCAGACCAACCACUGAGACGCAUUUCAUUACAACCAAACAACCUCCCUGUGGUGGUGAAUGUCUGGAGGACACUCAUUAGCUCCUCUCUUCAGAUUAAACUCGAACCCGGGUAGCGGAGGAAAGCAUGUUUACCCAAAGACAGUCAGCUUAUCAUGCGUCAUGUGACUGUAAUGGGAAACCUGUCUAAAUGCAGAGAGAAAAAGACUCUCGGAAAUUAAGAAUACGGCUGCCAAAUGAACCUAAUUUAAUGAUUUAUUUCAUCAAAAUCAAAGCACCAGGAUAUUAUUAGAGAUUGAGAUAACUGUGGGUUUACUGAAACUCGGGCUCAUCUGACCAUAGAAACGGCAAAUCUUGUCAACCCCAAUUUUUCUUACUGUAACCAAACAAAUUGCCAAAAGUGACGCCGAGUCUUGGCAUGCUAAAGCGUCACUCAUCUGAACUCCUCCAUUUCUUGCUUUUCUGACUGAUUCAAAGUGGGAAUGGAUGUUAUUUAAAGAUUCAAUGACAAGUGUCUGUACAUAGGUCACUGAAAAGCUGUAAAGUGACUGUACACCUUUAAGAAAAGGAUUUUGCCCUUUUGACAAAAAGGUGUUUUGUUUUUUGUUUUUUUAAAUACAUAUAGAGUGUUUUAAAGGAAUAUUACUGACAUUAACCAGGGCUGUGGGUUGCUUUUUGAGAAAGAUGACUGCAUUGUGAUAUCCGGUACAGGCUGACUGGGAAUGAUUUUUUAAAGGUGUGUUUUUAGGGGCCUCUGGAGCCCAUGUUGUCUUAAACACUGUGGACGGUCAUUGUACAGAUUCUAUGCAGUUUCUGAUGUCAAGUGUUGGUCUCACUGUUCGAGGAGUUUUCAUGUGAAAUGUAGUCAUAUUUAAAAUGAUCUGUAAGUAACUGGAUCAAGGCAAUACUCUUCUUCCCUUACGUUCUUCCUUCCUGUCUGGAGUCUCUCCUGGGUUUUAUCAGCAGCCUAGUUGUAUGGUGUAACAAAGUUUCCUUUUUCAGUGUAAGAUACCUCCAUUGGACUUUUAUAAUUUAAGGAAAACACAACCUUCCAUUGUAAGAUGAAUCAUAAGAGAAUAAAUGGAAGAAUCUGAGUAGUA